AGCCGGGUGCCCACUGCACAUGUGCGAGAAUCGCUGCGCUUUGUGAAUGGCCCCGUAGUCUUCUAGGACCUGACAGGUGUCUCAGAAGACUAUGGGGGAGGACAACUUCUGCUUCCGAUCACCUAGGCGAUCACAGCGGAAGUGGGAGCAGGUACCUGUCAAAUUUGGGUACCCCCACCCGCUCCCAAAGGUGCCAAUCCUUACUCCCCAAAGGUCAGCAGUCAUCCCCUGUACUAUCCACAGUCUCUGGUCAUCCCUGUGCUCUCCGCAGUCUCUGGUCAUCCCUGUACUGUGUCCGCAGUCUCUGGUCAUCCCCUGAACUGUGUCCGCAGUCUCUGGUCAUCCCCUGAACUGUGUCCGCAGUCUCUGGUCAUCCCCUGUACUGUGUCCGCAGUCUCUGGUCAUCCCCUGAACUGUGUCCGCAGUCUCUGGUCAUCCCCUGAACUGUGUCCGCAGUCUCUGGUCAUCCCCUGAACUGUGUCCGCAGUCUCUGGUCCGCAGUCUCUGGUCCCCCUGUACUGUGUCCGCAGU